AUGACAGCUUCAGGGGCGGAUAGCCGCAUCUAUCUUGUUCAUACUGUCAACAAAAGCAUGGCAGUUCUACAGAGGCUUGUGCAGCCUGAUGGAGACCCGGCCUUCCACGGGUCAGUGCACACGGCGACUCUGGCUGUCUGCACGGUUCUGGUGAUUUUCGUGGUGCUCAUGGGGACGUUUGGGAAUGGACUGGUGCUACUGACAGCCUUCCAGGGCAGCAAGCGCAGGUCAAACGUGGACGUGCUUGUCUACAACCUGGCUGCAACAGAUUUCAUCGUCUGCUCCUGCCUCGCACCAACGUUUCUCUACCUGCUGUUUUCUCAUCGCCAGUCUACACGGGAGUUCUGCGGCGGCCUUCUCUUCAUGUCUACAGCAUGUGGGGUUGUAUCGCUACUGACUCUGGUGGCUAUCGCCGUUUAUAGAUUGAGCAUCAUAUACAUGGUCAGUUUGAGCACGGCUGUAGGGGCAACUUUACACGUGAGCAUGUCCUGGACGGAGUCGCACACCACAUGUCAGUCUGUGAUAAACAGCGGCCAUAUCACCACCAACAAUGUCGUUCUGUUUUUCAUCAGUCCAGUCUUCGCCAUUAGCUUCCUGAUUAUCCUCGUCUGCUACUGCAUCAUAGCUCGAGCGGUUAGAGUUCAAACAUACCUGAGGGUCAAGGCACUUCAGCCGUUGCUACGAUCAGCCAUGUAUAAACAAAUCAAACCAGAGACUUCUAACUAUACGUACUCAUCGUCAAACAUGGCAGAAACAGCUAAAACAAGCAAAUUUGGCCGGACUUUUCUAGCCAAAAAUGAACCUUUAAAACAGUGUUCUUGUUGUAGUUGUAUGGCGGCGCUCGAGAAAGAGAACAAAGCGGCCACAAUGUGUUUUGUUGUUAUUCUAAUUAUUACUCUGUGUUGGACACCUCUGGUGAUAUCACAUUUAAUUGAAGUUAUCACCGGCGAGUCUAUAACCCUGUACCAGGUUAAGCUUUGUGGUAUAGCCUUGGUCUUUCUCAACAGUGCCCUAAAUCCUUACAUGUACGCACAAAACAAUGGACGCAUGAAGCAGUCAUACUGCCGCUUCUUUUGGGACAUCCUGCGUUGUCAGUUCUGGGUUCCACAUCCACGCAGAUUUGAAACCCUUGUUAAAAAUCGAAGAUCUAGAACUUUAGCGAAUGCAGUAGCUACUGCAGACUAUAGUGCUAGUGUGCAGUUCAUACCAGAGAAGCCUCGCAGGGUAUUUCAAACUUGUGAUAAUUCGAAUGUAAAAAAGACAGCAGGUAUGACCGACUGGACAGGGCAGACAGGCCACAGGAAUUAUACCAACAAUGUUAUACUUUAUAACAAUGGCGGCGCUGGACGCAAGGCUGCUUCCUUGGUGAAAGACAAGGGGGAAGUGAGGCAGGCUAAGGUAGCGCAUGCGCAGAACGGCAAGAUAGCGGAUGUUCGGUUGUUGGUGCAAAAGACAUGUUGUCACGUGACUUCAUUGGAUAAUCAGAGUUUGAUUGAGUCCUGA